GAGUACAUAAUAUAUAUACACACAUACAUAACAUACAUAAGAACAUGAACUUGUCACCAUAAUUAGAGACCAAUAUUGAAUAUGAUGGAACAAAUAAGUGACCCAGUUAUCCAUUUCUUUGGAUUUCCAUUUCCAAGUCAAAUAAUCUAAAUAUCUGUCGCUCCAAGAAAACUAGAUUUCCUUCCAUUCAGAAACUCAAUCUUGGAAACAUGCACAUGUUUAAAAUAAGAGAUCCCAGUCUUGAUCCGACACUGAAAUUAUUACCAUCCAUUAUCACGACAAUUGUAGAAAAUGUCAUUUUACACUUUUCGACUAAGUUAUCACGCUUGGAUUUUGUAUUUACUUAUAUCACAAGGUGAAUCCACUGAAGAACCUCGUGGAAUACUGCAAAUGCUCGGAAUCUCGUACGCUAGUUGUCGCCUCCCUUCCGACUUCCCUUCAACUAUUCACUUAAAACGAGAGGUGAUAAAGGACCCAGACCGGAAACUUCCAGACAAAUUGUUGUGGAAAGCAUUCCCAAAAAGUUCAUCUCAAAUUGUCCUUUUGACUAAUUGGGCAAUGAACAGCGACUUCAACCUCCUUUCUGUGGAACUCUUAAGUGCUAUGUCCUCAAUGUCGUCCAGAUUUUGGGGAGAAAAACUUACUCGCGACGGCAACUGCACUCGCACCCUGCUUGUCGAUGCAACUAAACAUCUCACCAAAAUGCAAAUGGUGAAUGCAAAUCUGGUCACUGUUGAAACUGGGGUCAUGAUGCUGGAUCUGCUAGCGUUUUUGGAGAAAAACGGACACGGUCUCCCGAUUGCUCCAAUUCCGGGUCAGAAAGUUUUGACUGUGGGAGAAGCCAUCGCAAUAGGUGCGUAUGGCAUUGGGGUUAACAAUCACAAAGAGAAGGCUUCCAACCCCUUUGGAACCGUCAGCAAUCUUGUAAUGAGUUUCAAAACGGUAGCGUGGGACAGAACUCUAGAGGUUUAUUCUCUUAAAAAGUUUGACCGUCCAGACCCUCGGUCUCUCGCCUUUCUCACCAACUUGGGGCGGUCCUUCCUCACCCAAGUGACACUGCUUGUUCAGCCCCGGUAUCACCUGCGAUGUCAAACCUUCUCCGAAUUUCCGUCCGAAAACUUGUACGCCAACCCGAAUUCCUCGUUUUACAUGAUUGAAGAGAGUUUCGCCUACUUGGUGGAACAGUUUGGAAAAGUAGAAGUCACAUAUUUCCCUUAUGUUGAUCGCUCGUGGGUUAAAGUGUGGUCCAAGGAGACGAAGAGACCAAUGGGCUCUCUGAAAGUGAAUACAAAAUAUUUAUCCGGAGCAUCCAGUCCAAUAAUAAACAUGGCGAGUGCCGUUGUCUCCAAAUUAGUCUACAUGUUCCCCUCGUUUUCUCCUCUCUUCUCCAGAUUUAUGUUCGACAUUGAGGUCGUUCGGAUGCGAUUGAGUGGGGCGAAUGACAUUUGGGGUACUUCACAUGACACCUUCUUCACGUUCACGAACGACACAGAAUCGUACAAAUCGAAGGGAUAUGUUGUACUCACAACUCGAGCCGAUAUUCAGCAGGUUGUUUAUGACUUUUACGAACAAUUUUCCUUACUCAGGGAUCAAUUCAAGCAAAAAAGAAAGUAUCCAACAACUCGUCCUUUAAAAAUCAGGAUUUCCAGUUUGGAUUCCCCCUCGUCUGUGAAAGAAAACGGCAGCCCUCUGGUUCCUCCAGCCUUGAGUGUUCUAUCUCCCGUGAAAAAUCACCCAGAAUUUGAAGUGGGCGUGGUGUUCGAGAUGGAGUUUCUCCCCGGCGAUGAGAGUGGGGUUGAGUUUGUUGAAGAGUUGGAGCCCUGGAUGUACGCUACUUUUCAAGGAGAUUAUGGACUGCUUCGACCGCUGUGGUCAAUUCGGACGGAAUGGGCACACGAGUCUGGGUCCUUCAAAGGUCAUGAAGGCACCUUCAAACAACUUAUAAAACAUUCCUACGGACCUGCGUGGAACACAGCAAUUCGAGUUUUGGACUUUUAUGAUCCUCAUGGCGUUUUCAAUAGUCCAUUUUUCGAGUCAUUUUCAAAAGCAUGAAGUAAGCAUGAAGAAUAAUUUAUAUAAUUUAUUUCAAUUUAAAUUAUUUGAACAGAACAGUGUACAAAAUAAAUAAAUACAUAAUACUGUGAGCCAUUGGGUUUAAAUAAACAACGUUAUAAACCA